GAAGGAUUCUAAAAUAGGUUUUCAGAAUUAGUGCUGGAUUUUUGCUCCUGCAUGUGUGGUGACUCUUGAUUUUUUCCUUUCGGAGAAGCCUCCUUUGCAGCAUUCCCCCUUCCGAGGAAUCACUUAGACACUUCCAGCUGGUGGCAGGGGAUACAGCCAUAAUACAGCUUCCUCUGUCCCAGCUGUCUUUUUCACUACGCUAAAUGCAUUACGAUGGCUGCACUCUCGUGUAAAGGUUCAGGUAGAGGGAGGUGUAGGAUUAAGUCUGGAGACCGCCGUUGGGGUUUUUAAGGCUUCAGCUUCCCCAGCAUCUUGGCAUUUUGAAUGUCUUCCUGCUUCGGGUCCAAGGUUUCUCUCCACUGAUUGAAAUGCUGCUGGAAGGCUGAUUAAAGGUGCCUGAAGAUAUCACCUUCUACCAGGAAGCCCUGCGUGCUUGAGAGGAUCUUUUUCAAUGCAUUAUGGCUCAUGCAGCCUCACAAUUAAAGAAAAACAGGGAUUUAGAAAUCAAUGCUGAAGAAGAGACUGAGAAAAAAAGGAAACACCGCAAACGGUCCCGGGAUCGGAAGAAAAAGUCGGAUGCCAAUGCAAGUUACUUAAGAGCAGCUCGAGCCGGACACUUAGAAAAGGCCCUUGACUACAUAAAAAAUGGAGUCGACAUCAACAUUUGCAAUCAGAAUGGGUUGAAUGCUCUCCAUCUUGCUUCCAAAGAAGGCCAUGUAGAAGUUGUUUCUGAGCUGCUACAGAGAGAAGCCAACGUGGAUGCAGCUACAAAGAAAGGAAACACAGCGUUGCAUAUAGCAUCUUUGGCAGGGCAAGCAGAGGUGGUAAAGGUCUUGGUUACAAAUGGAGCCAAUGUCAAUGCCCAAUCCCAGAAUGGUUUCACACCAUUAUAUAUGGCGGCCCAGGAGAACCACCUGGAAGUUGUCAAGUUUCUCCUUGACAAUGGUGCAAGCCAGAGCCUGGCCACGGAGGAUGGCUUCACACCGUUGGCAGUAGCUUUGCAACAAGGUCACGAUCAAGUAGUGUCACUCCUGCUAGAAAACGACACGAAAGGAAAAGUGCGUCUUCCAGCUCUUCACAUCGCUGCCAGGAAAGAUGACACGAAAGCUGCCGCCCUGCUGCUGCAGAACGACAACAAUGCAGAUGUAGAGUCGAAGAGUGGCUUCACUCCGCUCCACAUAGCUGCUCACUAUGGAAAUAUCAACGUAGCCACAUUGCUGUUAAACCGAGCGGCAGCCGUGGACUUCACCGCGCGGAAUGACAUCACUCCUUUACAUGUUGCAUCAAAACGAGGAAACGCCAAUAUGGUAAAACUAUUGCUUGAUCGAGGAGCUAAAAUUGAUGCCAAAACAAGGGAUGGGCUGACGCCACUGCACUGUGGAGCGAGGAGUGGCCAUGAGCAGGUGGUGGAGAUGCUGCUUGAUCGAGCUGCCCCCAUUCUCUCAAAAACCAAGAAUGGAUUGUCUCCACUGCACAUGGCUACACAGGGGGAUCAUUUAAACUGCGUCCAGCUUCUCCUCCAGCAUAACGUGCCUGUGGACGACGUCACCAAUGACUACCUGACUGCCCUGCACGUGGCUGCCCACUGUGGCCAUUACAAAGUCGCCAAGGUUCUCUUGGACAAGAAGGCUAACCCCAACGCCAAAGCCCUGAAUGGCUUUACCCCUCUCCAUAUCGCCUGCAAGAAGAAUCGAAUUAAAGUAAUGGAACUCCUUCUGAAACAUGGUGCAUCCAUCCAAGCUGUAACCGAGUCGGGCCUUACCCCAAUCCAUGUUGCUGCCUUCAUGGGGCAUGUAAAUAUCGUGUCACAACUAAUGCAUCAUGGAGCCUCACCAAAUACCACCAACGUGAGAGGAGAAACAGCGCUGCACAUGGCAGCUCGGUCCGGCCAGGCCGAAGUCGUGCGGUAUCUGGUGCAAGACGGCGCUCAGGUAGAAGCUAAAGCUAAGGAUGACCAAACCCCACUCCACAUUUCUGCGCGAUUGGGGAAAGCAGAUAUAGUACAACAGCUGUUACAGCAAGGAGCAUCUCCAAAUGCAGCCACGACUUCUGGGUACACCCCACUCCACCUUGCAGCCCGAGAGGGGCAUGAGGACGUAGCCGCCUUCCUUUUGGAUCAUGGCGCAUCUUUAUCUAUAACAACAAAGAAAGGAUUUACUCCCCUUCAUGUGGCAGCAAAGUACGGGAAGCUUGAAGUAGCCAGUCUCCUGCUGCAGAAAAGUGCAUCUCCAGAUGCUGCUGGGAAGAGCGGGCUAACUCCACUGCAUGUAGCUGCACAUUACGAUAAUCAGAAAGUGGCCCUUCUGCUUCUGGACCAAGGAGCCUCACCCCACGCGGCUGCAAAGAAUGGUUAUACACCACUGCACAUUGCUGCCAAAAAGAACCAGAUGGACAUAGCGACAACUCUGCUGGAAUAUGGUGCUGAUGCAAACGCAGUUACCCGGCAAGGAAUUGCUUCUGUCCAUCUUGCAGCUCAGGAAGGACAUGUGGACAUGGUGUCACUGCUCCUCAGCAGGAAUGCUAACGUGAACCUGAGCAAUAAGAGUGGCCUGACCCCACUCCAUCUGGCCGCUCAAGAAGACAGAGUGAAUGUGGCCGAAGUCCUAGUAAACCAGGGGGCACACGUGGACGUCCAGACAAAGAUGGGAUACACACCACUACAUGUGGGCUGCCACUAUGGAAACAUCAAGAUUGUUAACUUCCUGCUCCAGCAUUCUGCAAAAGUGAAUGCCAAAACAAAGAAUGGGUAUACGCCGUUACACCAAGCAGCUCAACAGGGACACACGCAUAUAAUCAAUGUCUUGCUUCAGAACAAUGCCUCCCCCAAUGAACUCACUGUGAAUGGGAACACUGCCCUGGCCAUUGCCCGGAGGCUUGGCUACAUCUCAGUGGUGGACACCCUGAAGGUGGUAACUGAAGAGACUGUGACCACGACUACUGUCAUAGAGAAGCACAAAAUGAAUGUUCCAGAAACGAUGAAUGAAGUUCUUGACAUGUCUGAUGAUGAAGUUCGUAAAGCCAACGCCCCUGAAAUGCUCAGUGAUGGCGAAUAUAUCUCAGAUGUUGAAGAAGGUGAUAGACGCACAUGGUAUAAAAUUCCCAAGGUACAAGAGUUUACGGUGAAAAGUGAAGAUGCAAUGACAGGCGACACGGACAAGUAUCUUGGGCCACAAGACCUUAAGGAAUUGGGCGAUGAUUCUCUGCCCGCAGAGGGCUACAUGGGCUUUAGUCUGGGGGCCCGCUCUGCCAGUCCCAAGAUCAGUUCGGAUAGGUCUUACACCUUGAACAGAAGCUCCUUCGCGCGGGACAGCAUGACGAUUGAAGAACUCCUGGUGCCGUCCAAAGAGCAGCAUCUAACAUUCACAAGAGAAUUUGAUUCAGAUUCUCUUAGACAUUACAGCUGGGCGGCAGACACCUUGGACAAUGUCAAUCUUGUCUCAAGUCCUGUUCAUUCUGGGUUUCUGGUUAGCUUUAUGGUGGAUGCAAGAGGCGGCUCCAUGAGGGGAAGCCGGCACCACGGGAUGAGAAUCAUCAUUCCUCCUCGCAAGUGCACUGCCCCCACCCGUAUCACCUGCCGUUUGGUAAAGAGACAUAAACUGGCCAACCCACCCCCGAUGGUGGAAGGAGAGGGAUUAGCCAGUAGGCUGGUAGAAAUGGGUCCUGCAGGGGCACAAUUUUUGGGUAAACUGCAUCUUCCUACCAAUCCUCCCCCUGUAAAUGAGGGUGAGAGCUUGGUUAGCCGAAUCCUGCAGCUUGGGCCUCAAGGAACAAAAUUUAUUGGCCCUGUCAUAGUGGAAAUCCCUCACUUUGGGUCUAUGAGAGGAAAAGAGAGAGAACUCAUUGUUCUUCGAAGUGAAAAUGGUGAAACGUGGAAGGAGCAUCAAUUUGACAGUAAAAAUGAAGAUUUAACCGAAUUACUUAAUGGCAUGGAUGAAGAACUUGAUAGCCCAGAAGAGUUAGGGAAAAAGCGUAUCUGCAGGAUUAUCACUAAGGAUUUCCCCCAGUAUUUCGCAGUGGUUUCACGGAUUAAGCAGGAAAGCAAUCAGAUUGGCCCUGAAGGUGGAAUUCUGAGCAGUACCACCGUGCCCCUCGUCCAAGCUUCUUUCCCAGAGGGUGCUUUAACCAAAAGAAUUCGAGUGGGCCUCCAGGCCCAGCCUGUUCCAGAUGAAACUGUGAAAAAGAUCCUUGGAAACAAAGCAACAUUUAGCCCAAUUGUCACUGUGGAACCCAGAAGAAGGAAAUUCCAUAAGCCUAUCACAAUGACCAUUCCAGUGCCCCCGGCCUCCGGAGAAGGUGUCUCCAAUGGGUACAAGGGAGACACCACACCCAAUCUGCGCCUUCUCUGUAGCAUUACAGGGGGCACAUCGCCUGCUCAGUGGGAAGACAUCACAGGAACUACUCCUUUGACGUUUAUAAAGGAUUGUGUCUCUUUUACAACCAAUGUUUCUGCCAGAUUUUGGCUUGCAGACUGCCAUCAAGUUUUAGAAACUGUGGGGUUAGCCACACAACUGUACAGAGAAUUAAUAUGUGUUCCGUAUAUGGCCAAGUUUGUUGUUUUUGCCAAAAUGAAUGAUCCUGUAGAAUCGUCUCUGCGAUGUUUCUGCAUGACAGAUGAUAAAGUGGACAAAACUUUAGAGCAGCAAGAGAAUUUUGAGGAAGUUGCAAGAAGCAAAGAUAUUGAGGUUCUGGAAGGAAAGCCUAUUUAUGUUGAUUGUUAUGGAAACCUGGCCGCACUUACCAAAGGAGGACAGCAACUUGUUUUUAACUUUUAUGCUUUCAAAGAAAAUAGACUGCCAUUUUCCAUCAAGAUUAGAGACACCAGCCAAGAGCCCUGUGGUCGUCUGUCUUUUCUGAAAGAACCAAAGACAACAAAAGGACUGCCUCAAACAGCUGUUUGCAACUUAAACAUCACUCUGCCUGCACAUAAAAAGGAGACAGAGUCAGAUCAAGAGGAUGAGAACGAGAAAACGGAUAGACGACAGAGCUUUGCAUCCUUGGCUUUACGUAAGCGCUACAGCUACUUGACUGAGCCUGGAAUGAAAACAGUUGAACGGAGCGCAGGACCAACGAGAUCCCUCCCCACCACUUACUCAUACAAGCCAUUCUUUUCUGCAAGAGCAUACCAGUCCUGCACAGCAGCUCCGAUGACAGUGCCCGGGCCGGCCACGUCAGGCUUCACUUCCUUAUCAAGUUCCUCCUCUAAUACGCCAUCAGCUUCUCCAUUAAAAUCAAUAUGGUCUGUUUCGACUCCUUCUCCAAUCAAAUCCACGUUAGGCGCAUCAACUACAUCUUCGGUUAAAUCCAUUAGUGAUGUGGCAUCUCCAAUUAGAUCCUUUCGGACAAUUUCUUCGCCAAUAAAAACAGUGGUGUCACAGUCUCCAUACAAUAUCCAAGUUUCCUCUGGUACCCUGGUUAGAGCUCCCACAGUCACGGAGGCCUCGCCUUUAAAGGGGCUGGCAUCCAAUUCUACAUUUUCCUCUCGAACGUCCCCGGUGACUACAGCAGGAUCUCUUUUGGAGAGGUCGUCCAUUACCAUGACACCCCCUGCUUCCCCCAAAUCAAACAUUAAUAUGUAUUCCUCGAGUCUGCCAUUUAAGUCAAUUAUCUCAUCCACAGCACCGCUAAUAUCUUCACCUUUAAUGUCAGUGGUGUCUCCAGCUAAAUCAACAGCUGAUAUCAUUUCAUCAGCUAAAGUUACGAUGGCCUCUUCUCUCUCAUCACCCGUGAAACAGAUGCCUGGACACGCAGAGGUAGCAUUAGUCAACGGAUCUAUUUCCCCUCUGAAAUAUCCAUCAUCUUCAACUUUAAUUAACGGAUGCAAAGCCACUGCCACGUUACAGGAAAAAAUUGCUACAGCUACACACUCUGUGAGCUCUGUGGUUAAUGGAGCCACUGACGCAGUUGAGAAAGUGUUCCCGACCACCACAGCAAUGCCGUUUUCCCCACUCAGGUCAUAUGUUUCUCCAGCACCAUCAGCUUUUCAGUCUCUAAGAACUCCUUCUGCAAGUGCACUCUAUACAUCCCUCGGGUCGUCGAUACCUGCAACUACCUCAUCUGUAACUUCAUCAAUAAUAACAGUGCCAGUAUACUCUGUAGUCAAUGUUUUGCCGGAACCAGCAUUAAAGAAACUUCCAGACUCUAAUUCACUUACAAAAUCAGCAGCAGCCUUGCUGUCGCCCAUUAAAACAUUGACUACGGAGACACUUCCUCAGCCCCAUUUCAAUCGAACUUCAUCUCCAGUUAAGUCAUCUUUGUUCCUUGCACCAUCUGCCCUCAAGCUGUCUACGCCAUCUUCUCUGUCUUCCAGUCAGGAGAUACUAAAAGACGUGGCUGAAAUGAAGGAGGACCUAAUGCGGAUGACUGCAAUACUCCAAACAGACGUGCCUGAGGAGAAGCCAUUCCAACCUGAACUCCCCAAAGAAGGGAGAAUCGACGAUGAAGAACCUUUCAAAAUUGUCGAGAAAGUGAAGGAAGACUUAGUGAAAGUUAGUGAAAUCCUUAAAAAGGAUGUCUGUGUGGAUAAUAAGGGACCACUCAAAUCACCAAAGAGUGACAAAGGACAUUCUCCCGAAGACGACUGGAUAGAAUUCAGUUCAGAAGAAAUAAGAGAGGCAAGACAACAGGCUGCUGCGAGCCAUUCUCCACCUCCGCCAGAGAGAGCGCAAGUUAAGGCAAAGGCUGCCUCCGAAAAGGAUUAUAACCUGACCCAAGUUAUCGAUUACCUAACAAAUGAUAUCGGGAGUAGUUCACUGACGAACUUCAAGUACAAGUUUGAGGAUGCCAAGAAGGAUGGUGAAGAGAGACAGAAACGAAUUUUAAAACCAGCAAUCGCCCUGCAGGAACACAAACUCAAAAUGCCUCCAGCCUCCAUGAGGUCUUCCACCUCCGAGAAGGAGUUAUGUAAGAUGGCCGAUUCCUUUUUUGGAACAGAUACUAUUUUAGAGUCUCCAGAUGACUUUUCUCAACAUGACCAAGAUAAAAGUCCCUUGUCUGACAGUGGCUUUGAAACAAGAAGUGAGAAAACACCUUCAGCCCCACAAAGCGCUGAAAGCACUGGUCCCAAACCACUUUUUCAGGAAGUCCCCAUCCCUCCGGUCAUUACAGAAACGAGAACUGAAGUGGUUCAUGUUAUCAGGAGCUAUGAGCCCUCAGCUGGAGAGGCUCCCCCGUCCCAACCAGAGGAGCCCAUGUCACCCAAACCGUCACCUACGUUUAUGGAGCUGGAACCAAAGCCCACCGCUUCUAGUAUUAAAGAAAAAGUCAAAGCGUUUCAAAUGAAAACCAGUAGCGAAGAAGACGACCACAGUCACGUUCUGGGCAAAGGCAUGCGUGUUAAAGAAGAGACUCACAUAACCACAACCACCAGAAUGGUUUAUCAUUCUCCACCAGGCAGUGAAGGCGCCUCUGAGAGAAUUGAAGAAACCAUGUCAGUCCACGACAUCAUGAAGGCCUUUCAGUCCGGGCGAGACCCUUCCAAAGAGCUGGCAGGUCUGUUUGAACAUAAGUCGGCAGUGUCCCCAGACGUUCACAAGUCUGCUGCUGAAACCUCAGCCCAGCACGCAGAGAAGGACAACCAAAUGAAACCCAAACUGGAGCGUAUAAUAGAAGUCCACAUUGAAAAAGGUAACCAAGCUGAGCCCACUGAAGUCAUUAUUAGAGAAACCAAAAAGCAUCCCGAAAAGGAAAUGUAUGUAUAUCAGAAAGACUUAUCCCGGGGAGAUAUUGACCUAAAAGAUUUUCUGCCAGAAAGACACGAUGCUUUUCCUUGUUCAGAGGAACAGGGUCAGCGAGAAGAAGAAGAACUCACUGCUGAAGAGUCGUUGCCUUCUUACCUGGAGUCUUCCAGAGUAAACACUCCCGUGUCCCAAGAAGAAGAUAGUCGCCCUAGCUCUGCUCAGCUCAUAUCUGAUGACUCUUAUAAAACACUGAAGCUUUGGAGUCAGCACUCAAUAGAAUACCAUGACGAUGAGUUGUCAGAACUAAGAGGGGAAUCUUACAGGUUUGCUGAGAAAAUGCUUCUGUCAGAAAAGCUAGAUGUGUCUCAUUCUGAUACCGAGGAAUCAGUUACAGACCAUGCGGGAGGACCCCCUAGCUCAGAGUUACAGGGGUCUGAUAAGCGGGCCAGAGAGAAAGUAGUCACUGUCCCCAAAAAAGAAAUUCUCUCCAAAAUCUAUAAAGAUGUGUCUGAAAAUGGUGUAGGUAAAGUGUCUAAGGAUGAGCAUUUUGAUAAAGUGACAGUGUUGCACUAUUCUGGCGAUGUUAGUAGUCCAAAACAUGCCAUGUGGAUGCGCUUUGCUGAGGACAGACUAGACAGAGGUAGAGAGAAGUUGAUAUACGAAGAUAGGGUGGACAGGACCGUGAAGGAAGCUGAAGAAAAACUGACUGAAGUGUCACAGUUUUUUCGUGACAGAACCGAAAAGCUCAAUGAUGAACUGCAGUCCCCAGAGAAAAAGCCACACCCUAGGAAUGGCAAAGAAUACUCAUCUCAAAGCUCUACCGGUAGCAGCCCUGAGAAAGCACUGCUGACAGAACUGCUGGCCAACAGUGACGAGUGGGUCAAGGCGAGGCAGCGUGGCUGUGACAGACAAGGCUUCCCCAGAGCCGACGAGAAGGACGCAGUCAGUCUGCCCAGCAGCCCGGAGGUGGUUCCUUCCCAACAGACUGAGGACAGCAAGUCCACAGAGGAAGCCAAAGGAAGUCGUUCACAGAGCAAAGAAUCAGAAGGGCCCCAGUCUGGGUUUCAGCUCAAACAAUCGAAACUCAGUUCCAUUAGAUUAAAAUUUGAACAAGGCGCGCAGGCCAAAAGUAAGGACGUUUCUCAAGAAGACACAAAGCCAGAUGGCCAAUCCAGAAUCCCAGUUAAAAAAAUCCAGGAGAGCAAGCUACCUGUCUACCAAGUGUUCGCUAGAGAGAAACAGCAGAAGGCCAUAGACCCUUUGGAUGAAAGUGUCCCUGUGCAAAAAGAUCUUACGGUAUUCAGAGGUAAAGAUGAGCAUGCCCAGAGCCAUGAAAUGGUUGUAAAUGAUUUUGGCUCUGAUGAUGUGAAAAAACAGAGAACUGAAAUCUCAAGUAAAGCAAUGCCUGACUAUUUUUCUGAGCAACAGCAUAAGGACUUGGCAUGUCACGUAACCGCAGAAUUAGCAACCAAGGGACCAUGGGACAAAAAGGUCUUUAGAACGUGGGAAAGUCCUGGAGCCACUAACAAUAAGUCGCAGAAAGAGAAACUUUCGCAUGUGCUUGUUCACGAUGUAAGAGAGAAUCACGUUGGUCACCCUGAGAGUAAAACUGUUGAUCAGAGGGAUGAAUUUUUGUCUGUGACUGAGAGAGAACACAAAUUGUUAACAAAUGGCUCUCUCUCAGAAAUUAAGGAAAUGACUGUAAAAUCUCCCUCCAAAAAAGUCUUAUACAGGGAAUACGGUGUUAAAGACGGGGAACAUCCAGGUGGAUCUCUUGACCAACCUUCCAGGAGAAGUGAGAGCUCGGCAGUGUCGCACAUCCCAGUCAGGGCUGCGGAGGAAAGGAGGACGCCGUCUUCUGACAUUCCCGAUGGUUUUUGCAAGCAGUCGACAUUUCCAAAACAUGAACUAUCACAAAAGUUACCCCACUCAAGUAUGAGUAAAGAGACAGUUGAGACACAGCACCUUAAUGCUACAGAAGAUGAAAAAGUUACCUAUUCAGAAAUCAGCAAAGUUUCCAAACGUCAGAGUUACGUAGGCUUAUGCCCGCCUCUCGAUGAAACCGAGCUCUCCCCGACCAAGUCUCCUGAUUCUCUAGAGUUUAGCCCAGGAAAGGAAUCGCCCUCUAGUGAUGUACUCGACCACAGUCCCAUUGAUGGAUUGGAAAAAGUUGCACCACUGGCCCAGACGGAGGGAGGGAAAGAGAUAAAAACUUUACCUGUUUAUGUCAGUUUUGUAGAGGUGGGGAAGCAGUAUGAAAAGGAGAUACAACAAGGAGGUGUAAAAAAAAUCAUAAGUCAGGAAUGUAAGACGGUACAAGAGACCAGGGGGACCUUUUAUACAACUAGACAGCAAAAGCAACCCCCUUCUCCCCAGGCUAGUCCAGAAGAUGAUACUCUAGAGCAAGUGUCCUUUCUAGACAGCUCUGGGAAAAGCCCUUUAACCCCAGAGACGCCCAGUUCAGAGGAAGUGAGUUAUGAAUUUACAUCUAAGACACCCGACUCGCUUAUAGCUUAUAUACCAGGCAAACCCAGCCCAAUUCCCGAGGUUUCGGAGGAAUCUGAGGAGGAGGGACAGGCCAGGUCAGCCUCCUUACAGCAGACUGCAGUGGAGGAGACGGCAGCAGUCGGGCGCCACACACCUAGCAGUGUGAGCACAGACUCUAACCAAAGACUCAGAGCUAACAGAGUUGCCUACAUUGAAUUUCCCCCUCCUCCACCGCUGGAUGCAGACCAGAUGGAGUCCGAUAAGAAACAUCCUUACCUCCCUGAAAGAGAGGUCGACAUGAUUGAAGUCAGUCUGCAAGACGAGCAUGACAAGUACCGACUGGCGGAACCGGUCAUCAGGGUGCAGCCGCCUUCCCCAGUUCCUCCUGGGGCGGACAUCAGUGACUCCAGCGAUGACGAAUCCCUUUAUCAACCAGUCCCGGUCAAAAAAUACACCUUCAAGUUAAAGGAGGUCGACGACGAACAAAAAGAAGUGACAAAAUCCAAAGCCUCCGCUGAAAAGGCUUCCACCCAGAAAGAAUCAGAAAUGAAUGGAUCUGGAAAAGAUACUGAAUUUGGCCUUGGCCUUGAUUCACCUCAGAAUGAAACGGCCCAGAAUGGGAACAACGACCAGUCCAUCACAGAGUGUUCCAUUGCCACCACGGCAGAGUUUUCUCACGAUACAGAUGCCACAGAGAUCGACUCUCUGGACGGCUACGACCUGCAAGACGAAGAUGACGGCUUGACAGAGAGUGAUUCUAAAUUCCCAAGUCAAACCCUGGAGCUGAAGAAAGAUGUCUGGAACACGGAGGGCAUUCUGAAGCCAGCUGAUCGCUCCUUUAGCCAAAGCAAGUUGGAAGUUAUCCAGGAGGAGGAGGGAAGGGUGGGGCCAGAUGAAGAGAAGCCACCUUCCAAAAGCCCUUCAUCUGAAAAGACUCCCGCUAAGACUGAUCAGAAGUCGGGGGCCCAGUUUUUCACACUAGAAGGCAGACAUCCUGACAGAUCAGUGUUUCCUGAUACUUAUUUCAGUUACAAAGUAGAUGAAGAAUUUGCCACUCCUUUUAAGACAGUAGCUACCAAAGGUCUAGAUUUUGACCCCUGGUCUAAUAACCGAGGGGAUGAUGACGUUUAUGACAGUAAAUCACGGGAAGAUGAAACUAAGCCAUUUGGUCUGGCUGUGGAAGACCGCUCUCCAGCCACCACCCCUGAUACAACGCCAGCCCGAACGCCAACUGACGAAAGUACCCCUACUAGUGAGCCUAACCCCUUCCCAUUUCAUGAAGGAAAAAUGUUUGAGAUGACUCGCAGUGGUGCAAUUGACAUGAGCAAGAGGGAUUUUGUGGAAGAGAGGCUCCAAUUUUUCCAGAUUGGUGAGCAUACUUCUGAAGGGAAGUCAGGGGACCCGGGGGAAGGGGAUAAAAGUACAGUCACUGCCAUACCACAGCCACAGGCAGGGGACACCACUGUAGAAACCAAUCUAGAGGGAAAUGUAGAGGCACCUCCAGUGGAACCUAACCCCAGCAUCCCGACCAGCGGAGAGUGUCAGGAAGGCACAUCCGGUAGUGGCUCCCAGGAGAAAGCAGCAGCAGCGGCCACUAACGCCUCUAAACUUGACCCCAAGUUGCGCACGCCUAUAAAAAUGGGAAUUUCUGCGUCCACCAUGACCUUGAAGAAAGAAGGCCCUGGAGAAGUGACAGAUAAGAUAGAAGCUGUGAUGACCAGUGGUCAGGGAUUAGAGAAUGAACCUGUAACAGUGAUUUCAAAUACAGCCGAUAGCCACAUGGGCGUUAGGCCCCAAGAAAAACAUGAUUUUCAAAAAGAUAACUUUAAUAACAACAACAAUUUGGAUUCUUCCACUAUACAGACAGAUAACAUUACAAGUCACGUAGUUCUGACAGAACAUUCUGCACCCACUUGUACCACAGAGAAAGCUAAUCCAGUGAAAAGCUCAUCAGGAAAAAGGACAGGGGUACUGCAAGGACAUUGUGUGAGAGAGAAACAGAAAGUUCUUGGAGAGCAGCAAAAGACAAAGGAAUCAAUAGGGAUUAGGCGAAAAUCCAAACUUCCCAUAAAGGCCACUUCACCAAAAGAUCUCUUCCCACCAGAUCAUAUGCCAAACAUUCAUGUGAGUAAAAUGAAGCAGGUUAGUCAAUCUGAGAAAACCAAAACCCUUACUGCUUCUUCACGUGUAGAUGUAAAGUCCAGAAUUCCAGUGAAGAAUACACACAGGGAAAACACAGGUUCAGUUAGAAAACCGUGUGCUACACAAAAGCAGGGGCAGCCAGACAGAGGCAAGGCCAAACAGCUUCCAUCCAAGUUGCCAGUAAAGGUAAGAUCCACCUGUGUCACCACCGUCACCACCACCACCACCACCACAGUUAAAGUUAGGAAAAGUCAGCUUAAGGAAGUAUGUAAACACUCCAUUGAAUAUUUUAAGGGAAUUAGUGGUGAGACCUUAAAGCUUGUGGACCGCCUCUUGGAAGAAGACAAAAAGAUGCAGUCCGAGUUGUCUGAUGAGGAAGACAGUACCUCAAGAAACACGUCGUUGUCCGAGACUUCCCGGGGUGGCCAGCCUUCGGUUACAGCGAAGUCUGCUAGAGAUAAGAAAACAGAGGCAGCACCUUUAAAAUCAAAGAGUGAAAAGGCCGGCAGUGAGAAAUGGAGCAGUAGGAGGACUGGUCCACAGAGUCCAUGUGAACGGACAGAUAUCAGGAUGGCAAUAGUAGCCGAUCACCUGGGACUUAGUUGGACAGAACUGGCAAGGGAACUGAAUUUUUCAGUGGAUGAAAUCAAUCAAAUACGUGUGGAAAAUCCAAAUUCUUUAAUUUCUCAAAGCUUCAUGUUAUUAAAAAAAUGGGUUACCAGAGACGGAAAAAAUGCUACAACUGAUGCCUUAACUGCGGUCUUGACAAAAAUUAAUCGAAUAGAUAUAGUGACUCUGCUGGAAGGACCAAUAUUUGAUUAUGGAAAUAUCUCAGGCACCAGAAGUUUUGCAGAUGAGAACAAUGUUUUCCAUGACCCUGUGGAUGGUUAUCCUCCCCUUCAAGUGGAACUGGAAACUCCCACAGGGUUGCACUACACACCACCCACCCCUUUCCAGCAAGAUGAUUAUUUUAGUGAUCUCUCUAGCAUAGAAUCUCCCCUUAGAACCCCCAGUAGACUGAGUGAUGGGGUAGUGCCUUCCCAGGGAAACGUAGAGCAUUCAGCAGACGGACCUCCAGUCGUAACUGCAGAAGACACGUCCUUGGAAGAGAGCAGACUUGAAGACUCAAUGCCUUUGACAGAAAUACCUGAAGCAGUGGAUGUACAUGAGAGCCAGUUGGAGAAUGUAUGUCUGAGUGAGUAUCCUCAAUACCUCGGAAGGAUGGCUGGGGUCCCAAAAGAUGUUAAACCAGCAGAGCCAUUGGAACAGACUAGAAAAGUAGGAGUGAGCUCUGAGCAGCAAGAGAAAGGAAAAUCUGGUCCUGAUGAGGAGAUGACGGAAGAAAAACUCAAAUCUCUAUUUGAGGAUAUUCAACUUGAAGAAGGAGUAGAGUCUGAGGAGAUGACAGAAGAAAAAGUACAGGCUAUUCUUAAACGUGUUCAGCAAGCAGAACUGGAAAUGUCUUCAAUUACAGGUUGGCAGAAUGAGACAUCAAGUGGAAACCUAGAGUCCCCUGCUCAAGCUCGAAGAAUAACUGGUGGGUUACUAGAUCGACUGGAUGACAGCCCUGACCAGUGUAGAGAUUCCAUUACCUCGUAUCUCAAAGGGGAACCUGGAAAAUUUGAAGCAAAUGGAAGCCAUGCAGAAGUCACUCCAGAAGCAAAGACAAAAUCUUACUUUUCAGAAUCCCAAAAUGAUAUAGGGAAACAGAGUGCAAAGGAAACUCUGAAACCAAAAAUACAAGGUUCUGGUCGUGUUGAUGAACCAGCAUCAUCACUAGCGGCAUAUCAGAAAGCUCUAGAAGAAACCAGCAAGUUUGUCAUAGAAGAGCCUAAACCCUGUGUGCCUGUCAGUAUGAAAAAGAUGAGUAGGACUACUCCUGCAGAUGGCAAGCCAAGGCUUAACCUCCAUGAAGAAGAGGGAUCCAAUGGGUCUGAGCAAAAGCAGGGAGAAGGUUAUAAGAUGAAGACGAAGAAAGAAAUCCGGCAUGUGGAAAAGAAGAGUCACUCAUAACAGUAAAUGGUCAGUCAAGGUGGAUCAUAUUGUUUUUAUUGCCAGUAUUGAGAAAUUCAUGGAAGAUAAGUCAGCAGGAAGUAAAAAUUCACAGAGAAGGGUGUGUGUGUUUGCUGCUUCCACACAUUAACGGCAUGAUUUUUUUUUUAAUGCACAAAGAAAAAAAAGGAAAAGAAAACCACCCACAUUUUAAUUUAGCAUGAGCCAAUUUACAGAGCAUGAAAAUUCACUUUCAUUCCCAGGAUUGGCACGUGUGCAAUUAGCAAUGCAGUGUAUAUACGAGAAGCCAUGCUGUUACCAGUUUAUCUCAAGUAAUUUGGUGUCAUUUACAAAAGGAAGAAAUUCCUGCCGCCAGAAGAGACAGAAGGAGAUGGAAUGAUCAAAUCAUGGAGAAACACUAAAAUUACUAAAAAUCCACAACAGCUCGCCUUAUUUUUCUUGGACCCAAACUGUCAGGGUAUAAACACUAUUUGUUUCUUUUUUAAAACAUCUAUAGUUUUGCUGUAAAUAAUAACACUGUAUAAAUUCUAACAGAAAAAAUGGAAUAAAUGUCAAUAAGGCACUGCCUCUUAGAACACAAAGAGAAUAUUGCAGAUGCAUUUAACAUAACGGGGGUCUCAAGUGACUUCACCCCAAAAGAAGGAGGAGGGGUGAUGGGUAGGGGGAUCUUCACCGAUUCUUGUAUAUUAGCAAUUAUAAUGUUUGUAUACGCAAAACUGCUAGCUUGAUUUUAAAAAAACAAAUCUUUAAAAUCUGCUGCAAAUUUAAAUAAUUCCCCAAAUGAGGAAUUCUGUAGUUCUGUGAAAAAAAUUUUUCUUCAGAAUACUAAUAUUUUGAUGCAUGUGUAUCACCUUAUUUUGAUUAAAUCUUUUCCAAUUUUGCAAACACUACAGUAUACUGCGACACAGAAGAUUUUAUCUGUAAACACAAAGCCCUUCAUCUAAUAUUUGUUGCUAUUGCCAAUUUUUCAAUGAAAUGACCUAAAAAUGAAAAAAAAAAUAACCUAUACGGUAGUUGCUUUAGGGGGAGGGGGGUGCUGGUAGUGCUUAAAAGGGUAAUGCUUGCCGCUUUAGAGGUGGAUGGUGCUCAUAAGAGGCCCCUGUCAGGGGUAUUUUCAGUGGACUGCACAGAAAUUCUUAGCUAGUAGAAUGGCAGCACGCUGUAAACUUAUUCCUGUAUCGUGUACUGGCUGUAAGAUGUAGACACCUUUCAGUAAGCCAAUCAUUUGUAACCAUUCUACCCAUGUCAUAUUAGGUUAAUAAGGCUGCUGUGUUUUAAAGGGCAUUUUUAUUUGGGUUUUGGUGAAAUUCUUUAAUUUGUUGAUUAUAUUCAUAUAAAAUCAGCAUUUAUUGACACAUAGCUCUAAUGACAUAUGUAUGAGAAACCAUACACUGGAUGACCUAGUUGAUUAUUUAAGCAUAAAAUAAAUUGUGUUAAACUCUUCACCUA